GCGCCCUCCAGCCCCGCUCCUCCGCCGGCCCGCGCGGGUCCCGGCGGGCUCCAGCCCACCAUGCAGCUGCAGUUCCGGAGCUGGAUGCUGGCCGCGCUCACGCUGCUGGUGGUCUUCCUCAUCUUCGCAGACAUCUCCGAGAUCGAAGAAGAAAUCGGGAAUUCUGGAGGCAGAGGUACAAUCAGAUCAGCUGUGAACAGCUUACAUAGCAAAUCUAAUAGAGCUGAAGUUGUAAUAAAUGGCUCCUCAUCGCCAGCUGUUGUUGACAGAAGUAAUGAAAGCAGUAAGCACAACAUGCAGCCGGCCUCGUCCAAAUGGAGACACAACCAGACGCUCUCUCUGAGGAUCAGGAAACAAAUUUUAAAGUUCCUGGAUGCUGAGAAGGAUAUUUCCGUCCUCAAGGGAACUCUGAAGCCCGGAGAUAUCAUUCAUUACAUCUUUGACCGCGACAGCACAAUGAACGUGUCCCAGAACCUCUAUGAACUCCUACCCAGAACCUCGCCCCUGAAGAAUAAGCAUUUCCGGACUUGUGCCAUUGUGGGCAACUCGGGGGUCUUGCUGAACAGUGGCUGUGGGCAGGAGAUUGAUACACACAGCUUUGUCAUAAGGUGCAACCUGGCCCCGGUGCAGGAGUACGCCCGGGACGUGGGGCUCAAGACCGACCUGGUGACCAUGAACCCCUCAGUCAUCCAGCGGGCCUUCGAGGACUUGGUCAAUGCCACCUGGCGGGAGAAGCUGCUGCAGCGGCUACAAGGCCUGAACGGCAGCAUUCUGUGGAUCCCUGCUUUCAUGGCUCGCGGAGGCAAGCAGCGCGUGGACUGGGUAAACGAGCUCAUCCUGAAGCACCGUGUCAACGUGCGCACCGCCUACCCCUCGCUGCGCCUGCUGCACGCGGUCCGCGGAUACUGGCUGACCAACAAAGUCCACAUCAAAAGACCAACCACUGGCCUCCUGAUGUACACACUGGCCACUCGAUUCUGCAAUCAGAUCUACCUCUAUGGCUUCUGGCCCUUUCCACUGGAUCAGAACCAGAACCCUGUCAAGUACCACUACUAUGACAGCCUAAAGUAUGGCUAUACUUCCCAAGCCAGCCCCCACACCAUGCCCUUGGAGUUCAAAGCCCUCAAGAGCCUACAUGAGCAGGGGGCAUUGAAACUGACUGUCGGCCAGUGUGACGGGGCCACGUAAGGUGGGCUCCUUGUGGGACUCGGAGGCUCACAUUUCCUGCCAGCUACAACACAGGCAGAUGGGAGUCGGGGUGGCACAAACAAUAGAACAAGCAGGCUAGUGGUUUUCUUUGUUAAAGUGUAAAACAGUGACCAGAAUAUAUAUAUCUAUACCUGCAUAUAUAUAUUGACCUGAGUAUUUAUAACUGUGUGGUGUUCAUCUAGCGUUAGGCAGAUAAGCCACAAGAAGAAGGCGUGGAGAACCCACCUGAACCAGACUGAGACUCAGUUCAUCUUUAGGGCAGAAAGACUUGACGGGCAAAGAAGCCAGUCCCACGGCUUUGCACGACCACCAGCCUCCUGGGUUGGAGGAAUCCUUGAGCUCAUGGAUGAAUGCAGAGCUACCUGUGGUCAGCUGCCCAAACCCCUGGGAUGUGUGGACUCCAGAUGGCCAAGACCCAGAGAGGACACUUGAUGGGGUCUGCACAGGUGCUAUUUGAGGCUGGAGAGUUUAGUUGGGUAAAGGAGCACAAAGAAGCUAAAGAACCGAGGCCACAGCAGAGCUGAGGGCCUUGUUCCAUGAACUUAGAGUUUGAUUGCCUGAGUCACGGGUAACACAAGCCCCAGACACGACUGCACGACGUGGAGAGAAGGCUAGAAGAGAAACAAUGGGUAAUCCGUAUCCUGGCUAAACGAGAACCACCAAGAACCUUGGCAGGCGAAUAACCCUAAAGAGGCAAAGUGUUCUAGAUCACAGCUUUGAGCAACGGAGACCUCCUUCUAUGGGUUUGCUCACCCCAGGAUGAGGCAGAAGAGUGUCCAAAAUGUGGCCAUGUGCCCCCGCUCUUUAAGUAACUGAGGCCGGCCAAGGCUGUGGGUUAUCCUCCAUCCUGCCCACUGAGAAUGUCGAUGAAGGACUCUGCUGUUCCCUCUGCCACCAGGGAAGACACAACAAAAGCUUCAAAGGACAUUGUUGAGAUAAAUGUCAUUCUCUUUAAAAUAUACAUGAUUGCCUUUCUGGGUGUUCCCACACCAGAGCCCCGGAAUGUGAGGCCCAAAAGAAGGAGAAGCACCUAGCUCCA